AUGGAUGAUUGGAAGGGACAAGUAGUAGCUGGUGGCAAUGGCAAAGGAAAUCGAUUCGAUCAAAUGUAUUCGCCAACCGAUGUGUUGAUCGACAAAGAGAUGGAUAGUCUCAUUAUUUGUGAUGCAGAUAAUCAACGAGUUGUACGAUGGUCUCGUCGUAGUGGUACGACUGAAGGAGAAAUCCUCAUCGACAACAUCUGGUGUCAGGGACUGGCCAUGGAUGAUCAGAGAUAUCUCUACAUCUCUGAUACCGCCAAACAUGAAGUAAGACGAUAUCAAAUAGGAGACAAGAAUGGAACUAUUGUGGCUGGUGGCAAUGGCAAUGGUGAUGAUCUCAAUCAACUCAAUGAGCCGAGAUACAUCUUUGUCGAUCAACAACAGACUGUGUACGUGUCAGACAACUACAAUCAUCGUAUAAUGAAAUGGAAUAAAGAUGCAAAAGAAGGAAUUGUCGUCGCUGGCGGUCAAGGCCGAGGGGAUGCUCUGACGCAAUUGAAUCGUCCUCAAGGACUGUUCGUCGAUACAUUGGGUACCAUCUAUGUGGCAGACUCGUGGAAUAAUCGAGUGAUGCGUUGGCCUAAAGGAGCGAAACAGGGCACUAUCAUUGUGGGUGGAAAUGAUCAAGGAGAAGAAGCAAAUCAGUUCAACGGUCUCCGUGGUUUGUCCUUCGAUCGACAUGGCAAUCUCUAUGUUGUCGAUUCAUGGAAUCAUCGUGUUCAACGCUUUUUAAUUGAAUAG